GCCGCCGCGGCCUCCUCGCUUGGGCUCGGGCGCCGUGCUGGACAGGCCGAGGCGCCCGGGCACAUCAGCGGCAGACCUUGAAGCAUUUUGUCUGUGCCAAAUCAUUACCACUUGCCACAUGAGUCCCAAUCAUGACGGAUGCCAAGUAUGUCCUCUGCCGAUGGGAAAAGCGAUUAUGGCCUGCGAAGGUAUUGGCCAGAACGGAGACUCCAACAAAAAAUAAGAGAAAAAAGACAUUCUUUCUAGAUGUUCAAAUACUCUCCCUAGAGGAAAAAAUCCAGGUGAGGAGCACAGAAGUCAAGGUCCUAAAGAAGUCUCAAAUUGAGAACAUUGCUGCCUUGUUAGCCUCAGAGAGCCAAAUCCCCACCGCACCCCUGGAGGAGCUGACCUAUAGACGGUCACUACGCGUGGCUUUAGAUGUUUUGAGUGAGACACCCAGUUUGAAUCAAGAAAACCAUUCAAGGAAAGAUGAACUUGCACUAUCUCAGAGAGAAAAGCAGUGUACAGAAGCAGCCUCCUCACGCUCUGGUUCUCCAUCUUCAUCUUUACCUUGUGAAGAUGUGUCGGCUGAUUCUGGACCCGAGAGGAAGGAGGGAUACAAACCACAAAGUUUGUCACAGUCAUCCACUAGUGAAAAAGAAGUGGAGCAUAAGAAGGGGCUCGGGAAAGGUGAAACCCCAAGGGCCCAGUUCACUGCUUCAGCUGGAGAAGGUUCUCACAAUGAAAGUGGAUUAAAGAUUCACCACAGAAAUCUGACUCUGGCACGUAAGUCCAGCUGGUGCCAGACAGUGCCUAUCCUUUCCAGGAGAGAAAUCAAAGAAGAGAAUAAGAGACAGGCCUGGCCUUCUCAAGCCAAGGAGAGUGAUCCAUGUGCCAGUGCCGAAGGAUAUGACCCAUCAGGCAGCCUCACAGUGCUCCCCGCCCUGGAGCAGACUGGGGAAUGUUCUGCAAAAAGAUUGCGCCUAGAUAAAGGCCAGAGGCCACAUGCCACACAUCUGCAGACAGGUUCCAAGGGGAUAGCACUUGAAGGCGCAACGUUGUCCACUAGGCAGGAGACAAGUGAAUGCACGACUUUGCACAGAGCUGCCAAUAAACCCAGUCCAGCUCCCUCCAACACUCAGGCAGAGCAACCCAGCAAUCCUCUUCGGGACCGUGACAGUGACAGGAUAGAAGAAGACCCUCAGUCCUCUGAAGAGUCCAUGGAGUUUAAUUCCAUUAAUUCCAUUCUGGAGGAAGAUGAGGAAGAUGAGGAGCCACCAAGAAUCCUUUUGUAUCAUGAACCACAAUCAUUUGAAGUAGGAAUGUUAGUCUGGCUUAAAUACCAAAAGUACCCGUAUUGGCCGGCUGUGGUCAAAAGCAUCCGGCGGAGAGAUAAGAAAGCCAGCGUGCUCUUCAUUGAAGGGAACAUGAACCCAAAAGGCAGAGGGAUCACUGUGUUUCUCAGGCGGCUGAAGCACUUUGAUUGUAAAGAGAAACAGACACUGUUGGACAAAGCCAAGGAGGACUACGAUCAGGCCAUUGGCUGGUGUGUGUCCCUCAUCACUGACUACCGGGUGCGGUUAGGCUGUGGCUCCUUUGCUGGUUCUUUCCUGGAAUAUUAUGCUGCUAACAUCAGUUAUCCUGUGAGGAAGUCCAUCCAGCAGGACGUACUGGGGGCCAGCUUUCCUCAGCUGAGCAAGAGGGACUCCGAGGAGCAGGAGGUGGGCAGCCCUAUGGGACGACGACAGCCCUGCAGGAAGGUGCUGCCUGACCGCUCCCGUGCUGCUCGUGACCGGGCCAACCAGAAGCUGGUGGAGUAUAUUGUGAAGGCCAAGGGUGCAGAGAGCCACCUGCGGGCCAUCCUGAAAAGCAGGAAGCCAUCAAGGUGGCUAAAAACAUUCUUGAACUCCAGCCAGUAUGUGACCUGUGUGGAGACCUACCUAGAGGAUGAGGAGCAGCUAGACCGGGUGGUGAAGUACCUGCAGGGUGUCUACCAAGAGAUAGACAGUGAGAUGCUGACGAGGAUCAAUGGUGACAGGAUCAGGUUCAUUCUGGAUGUGCUUCUGCCAGAGGCCAUUAUCUGUGCAAUUGCUGCCGUGGACGCUGUGGACUACAAGACAGCUGAGGAGAAGUACAUAAAGGGACCUUUGCUCGGCUACCGGGAAAAAGAAAUAUUUGAUAACCAGCUCCUAGAGGAGAGGAAUCGGCGCCGCUGGUGAUGGAGCUGCUGUCCCCCGGGUAGCCUGCUGUGUCUCGCCGGGCUUGUGUGCAGGUUCCACAGUUAGUAAGAAGCCCGGCCAUGGACGCUCCUCUUGCUCCUCUCACUCUUCUCCUGUUGUUCUCCAAUGCUCUGGAAAUCAGGAGGCCCAGGGAGUGGGUUGUCUUUGGAUCUAUCAGCCCUGAAGAGUCAUUUCAUUAACACACCAAAAGCUAGCUAUUUCUUCCUGGUGGAUUUUAUAAGGUGCAUUUCCUGAAAGGUUGUUUUUGAUUUUUUUUUUAAUUUCCUGCAAGGUUUUUAAAAGAACAUUAUUGCAUAGCUCUCAUUGUGACUGUAUAGUUGGAUAUGAAGUGUAACAUUUGUGUUUUGUGUUCCCCAUUGCACCCAGCAUUCUCCAGGAAUUUCUAAAAAAGAGUGUGCAGUGAAUAUAUGGCUCACUCUGUAAGCACUGAUGUGUUUUUCUGAUCUUGUUUUGUUUUGUUUCCUUUGUGUGUGUCCUGACGGUGAGUUCUGGCACCUGCUCUGCCCCUCCUGCAUGCUGAGCAGGAAAAGCGUCUUUGUGAGAGGCGGAACCAAAGAGCUGCAGCCUCACGUUGCAGUGUGUGUGUGGGUGUGGCAUCCAUCUGUGCAGAGGGAUAAAGAGACACAUUACCCAAUGGUCUCUGCAUCUAGCCCCAGGAGGGCAAUAGCAGUGGGCAUCUAGAUACCAGAUGCCACUUGCAGUCUCCCUGUCUUGACAAUCUACCUGGACAGCAAUGGCAGGGUCCCAGUGCCUCGUUGGAGUGUGGGCCCAGUAUAUUCAGAGAUAAGUCCUUUGUCCUGAAGGCUAGCACAGUGCAUAGCCAGCAGGGUCAGGCUGGCCAGCAGAGUGACCCUGCCCUGAAUGAAGGGUAAGUUCAGCCCUGCCAUCCUAGAAGUGCUUGUGGCCAGGCCAUUAUCUUCUAGCACAGUUGUGACAAUUCUGUCAAAGUUAAAACUGAACAGCAGUGAAUUAUUUAUUCUAAGCUAAUGCCUGAGGCUCUCUGUGGAAGUAAAUGUUGGCCAAGGGAAUUUUCAGAUUGUGACAUGAGAUGAAUUUGAAAGCAAGAUCAAGUCCUUCCAGGCCAGAUGCCACAUGUGGGUGUGGUCACUUGGUUCCUUUUGGUCUCUUCCCCAUCAGUUGUGCCUGUCCCUUGGGGAGUCCUGGAUUUGCAGUGGCCUUCUCCCCAGUGUUCCCCUCACCCAGAUGAUGGCUGCCAUCGAGGAGCAAGAGGAGAAGGUAGUUCCUGCCAAGUGUCACCCAGAAAGCCACGUGGAGCAGGAGAAACCUUAGUGAAGGUUGGGAUCUCAUUGCCUUGAGCCUUUCGAGGGACUGACACAUGGAGGUGUCUUUGAUGGGGGUGGGGAGGGGGGUACCGGGCACCUUCCAGUGGCCAUUUUGAUUGCACUUGACUUUGCUCAUAAGAGGUCCUGCCUCCCUCUGUCCACCAUCUGUGGAGUUCAUGUCCAGAGAAGGAGUACACAAUUUGUGUGUCUGAUCAUCUGGCCCUGCACUGGUCACUCCUUGUACAGCUUUACCCCUCGGUGCCCUCCCCUCCUCUCAGAAGGGGCCUCCCCAGUGUUGCUAGAUCAAGCAGUCUCCCUCUGGUGUGGGAAAAUUUGCCCCAAUAGCAGCCAUGGCUGAAUCUGGAGUUUCCCAUUGGCGUUGCCUGGUAACCAGCAGUGGACACAUCAAAUACAUGGGACAUUGGGGUGGCUGAGAAACCUGUUGGGAAUUCUGCAGAAAUGGUGUCUGUGUGAGAGAGUAUCUAUUGUUGGAAAGUAUUUUUAUACAUGUGCUUUUAUCUGUGCCGACCUUUACUGUGUCCUGAGGGUUGGAUUGUUCAGCUAUUCAGAUGAAUUAAAUGCCUUUUCAGA